AUGGCAAGCGCACGCAUCCAAGAAAUUACGGACGAAGAGCCGCCCAAGAAAGUUACGGCAGAAGAUGAGGCAACAGAAAGCUCUGACUCAGAGCCCGAGGCCGGUGAGGGUGGGGUUUCCAGUGGAAGCAUGGUAGUCCAUUCACGAAACGAGAAAAAGGCUAGAAAAUCAAUCGCAAAACUAGGACUGAUUAAAGUUCCGGGGAUAACUCGUGUUACUCUCAGAAGACCAAAGAACAUCCUAUUCGUUAUCAACCAACCCGAGGUCUACAAGUCGCCCUCCAGCAACACUUAUAUAGUAUUUGGAGAGGCUAAGAUUGAGGACCUCAACUCUCAGGCUCAAGCGUCCGCAGCACAACAGCUAGCAGCCAAUGAGGGACAUGAACACUCUGGUCACGACCACUCCGGUCACGAUCACUCUCAUGACAGUGGUAAGGGCAAAGUGGCUGAGUCUGACGAUAAAAAAGACAAUGACGAUGACGAUGACGACGGAGAAGAGAUAGAUGAGACAGGGCUUGAGAUUAAGGAUAUUGAGCUGGUGAUGACCCAAGCCAAUGUUUCCAGAAAAAAGGCUGUCAAGGCGCUUAAAGAGAACGAUAAUGAUAUAGUUAACUCAAUUAUGGCACUAUCAUUGUAA